AUAAAAAUGUAGGGUUUGGCAACCUUAAUUUAAGGAAAGAAAUAUUGUUUGUGCACUACAAUUGUGGUUUUGCAAAUAGAUAGAAGCAUGGAUAGGCUUCUAUCAUCCUCUUCACCCCCUUCUCUCAAAUCCCUCAAACCUUUACCUUUCUUUAAUCGAUUUCAUUAUGCGAACAGAUUCAAUCUUUCUCCCUUGAAACGGACCUCUUCAAUUUGUUGCAAUAUCCAAAACCCUUCUCCAUUAUCUUCUUAUUCUACUCCCAUUUCUGCUUCUUCCAAAAAACCCAAUAAUUUCAUAUCCCUUUCGUCUUCUUCUUCUUCUUCUUCUUCAGAUAGGUCCGUACCCCAACCCAACUCUCUCAAUCAGAUCGCAACUGGGUCUUCCCAGAAACCAAAGACAAUAACAGCUCGGACUGUUGUAAUACUAUGUGCUCUUGCAACAAUCUUAAUUCAACCAGCUAUCGUACCAGCAGCCUUUGCAACCUUCCAAACGGCUGCCACGACUGGUGGUCCUGCUGCCACUGCAGUUGGUGGAAAACUAAUCCGCACUGAGCUGCUAAGUAGUGCUUGGACUGGUUUUUUUGCUGGCUGCUUGCACACUUUAUCAGGGCCUGACCACCUUGCAGCUUUGGCUCCGUUAUCUAUUGGUCGUACCAGAUUGGAGAGUGCUGCUGUAGGUGCCCUUUGGGGCUGUGGCCAUGAUGCUGGUCAAGUUAUCUUUGGCUUGAUUUUUUUGAUACUGAAGGACCGACUUCACAUUGAAAUUAUUCGAACUUGGGGCACCAGAGUGGUUGGUUUGACCCUGCUAGUAAUUGGUGCUAUGGGAAUUAAAGAAGCUUCAGAAGUGCCUGCUCCAUGUGUUGCCUUAGAGAAUGGUGAAUGUGAUGUCGGUGUCUAUGAAUCACUUGAUAAUCCAACACCACGAAAGAAGAAGAUUGGUUUUGCUACUUUUGCGACAGGGAUAGUUCAUGGACUGCAACCAGAUGCAUUGAUGAUGGUGUUGCCUGCCCUUGCUUUGCCUUCUCGAUUGGCCGGUGGCGCAUUUCUCAUCAUGUUCUUAGUUGGAACGGUUGUUGCAAUGGGAGGUUAUACCGUAUUUAUAGGUUCAUGUAGCCAGGCACUAAAGGAUAGAGUACCUAGGAUAACUGAGAAGCUCACUUGGGCUUCUUCCCUUAUUGCAAUAGCCCUCGGAUUUGCCAUCAUAAUUAGCCAGUUUUUUGGGUAUACACUGUAUUAAUACAACUACAAUCUGCUAAGGUACCUUAUUAUUUUCGAACAUGGUUUUGGAUGAAGAAAAAGUAGAGACUUUAGGGGGGAAAUUUGUUUAGAGCAAGUUCAUGUGAAAUUGUUUCUUGUCAAUUAUUCGACUUUGCUUUUGAAUGUCUAUAGUUGUAAGUUAAAUGAUUCUGCAGCUGAGAACUACAUAGCUAAUUAUUUAUCGAUUUGAUUUUAGUUCAUCUA